AUGAGAUUCUUUGAAACUUUAUUAUUCGCCAUCACUUGGUUGACCUUGCAAGUUGCUGCUGCUCCAGUAAACAAGAGAUUCUUUUCACCAUCCUCACCUACUUUUUCAUUGAUUGCCGUACACAAUGGUACCACAUUCAACUCGAACUUAGUCAAAUUUAAUGGUUCUGCUAUCAAAUUAGGUUCAGACGAUAAGGCUUUCUUUGGUACUAUCCAAGCCAACAAAGGAUAUAUUUUGAACUUGCCAUUCACCAACAACUCAAACGAAACUUCCACCAUCAACGUUGCCGUUUCCAACCUGACUCACUUGCUUACCACUACCACCAAGAAUGGAUCUGCUAGCGAGCACUUUGGUAUCACCAACGGUUGGUUAUCCUACUUGAACUCCACUCAAUUCUUGGCUUGUCCAGAAUCUGCUAGCAAUGCCACUGCUACUACCAACUCAACUUCAAACUCCACCAUCGAGUAUGAUCUUUUCUCAAACCCAUUGAACAAGACUCAAUGUGAAACUGGACAAGGUUACAAUGUUAAAUUGUUGGUGCAAUUGAGCGUUCCAAUUUCAUUCUCACCGGAAUCAAACUCAUUUGGCUUCUUCAAGAGAGACAACGUUGUCAAGAGAUUCAUUGACAAGCUUUUCAAAUAA